AUGACUGACAACGCUACAACUGGUGACCAAGACGACAGCAGCUCUCCAAAGGCGCGGUUCUAUACUCCGGAUGAUGUGGCACUACACAACUGUGCGGAGGAUUGCUGGUUGUCGCUUUUUGGGCAGGUAUUGGAUUUGACGGAGUUGAUACUCGCCAACAGGGGACCACUGGCGGAUCCUCUAAUCGCAGCCGCGGGGACUGAUGUCUCCCAUUGGUUCCAUCUUCCUCCACCACCUGAUGUCAAGAAGCCAAAACCACGGGGGAUCGGUGGCAGCGACAAGUCGAGCAACAAGGCGUUGUCAACCAAGAUAGUGAAGGAGGGUGACGACGGCAACGGGCGGCUGGAGGAGUGCGAGAAUGCGAGCGACCCACGGACAUUCGUCGACCCACAGACGGGGCUGACAACGCCAUAUCUACCCAUGGGGAGGUUUUUGCACGUGCCGCCAAAUUUCCCCACGACCAAGUGGAGCACCAGCUUCGGCCUUCCAUGGUGGCGGGAUCGGAAGAGAGUAGUUGGCAAGAAGCUGACGCGGAAGGCACGGCCGCUGCGGGUGGUGAAUAUUUUGUCUAGGCAAGAAGAUCAGCUCUUGGUGGCGUGCGAGGACACAAUUGCGGACAUUCAGGAGCGUUAUCUGGAGUACAACGCCCACGCCGCAAGCUACACGUGGAAGGUGCUGCAAGACGAGAAGUUCGUCCCGGCGAAGAUGGACCAGACCCUGGAGGAAAACGGGAUCGUGGACGAUGACCUGGCUUUCGAGAAGCUCGGCAUAGACGACGACGGCUACAUGCCGGUCCUGCACAUCUACUUCAACGACGAUCUUACCAUCGCAUAA